AUGCCUUCAUAUGAGAAGGUCGCGCAGCCCGAGGCGUACCCGUUGAAGAGGACUGCUCAUUGUCCGAAUAAUGAUCUUCCAGUCCUCAUAUAUCGUGAUGUUCUCCAGCCACUUAACGAGGAGAGCGCAUCAGAAAGACUUCAACGUCACGGCUGGGAGAAGAAGGGAACUUGGGGGACUAUCAGUCUGAAGCACUUUCACCCAAACACUCACGAGUGUUACGGCGUCUUUCAAGGCAGCUCCGAGCUAGUCUUUGGCGAAGGGGUCUCGGAUGACGUCGGCAGCGGAGUACGAUGUAUAGUGCGAGCCGGCGAUGUCGUCGUCGUCCCAGCAGGCGUAGGGCAUGCCUCUGUCUCAAAGGCGGAGGGAGCAGCGGAUCCUGUUGAGGGAGAGCCUGAGUAUCGAUAUGUUGGAGUAUAUCCCAAAGGUUCACCUCAUUAUAAAUACGAAAUCGGCAAGAAGAAGUUGGAGGAGAAGAGCGGGCUGUUAGAAGAGGUUUCCGCUGUUCCCGUACCGCCCAAUGAUCCCUUAUACGGGAUUGAGGGGCCGUUGGUGAGGAUUUGGAAUAACUCAAGAGGAAUAUUCGCGUCUGUUGGGGAGGCACUCAAAGAGAAUAACUUAUGA